CCUAUUCCAAUCCCUCUUUACGUUGCUUCCUUCGCUGGCGGACGGAGCUCAAGUAGUUCUUUACCCUUUUCAAUUCAACGUGGGGGAUCCUCGUACCUGACAACCCAUUGUCUAAUUUAAUUCAAGUUUGUUGGAAAAAUAAUUCUUAGAAGUUGCACCUGUCGAGUCUGAUUCAAAAGACAAAGGUACACACAAAGGACAAUUCGAGAGCGUCGUUUAAACGAGAUUGGAGAUGCUCCCGUCUUUGCUGCUGUGUGCCAUCUGUCUGCUCAUCCUACCGUCCUCCUCUACCCCCAGCCAAGCCUCAGAUGACUCCAGACUCCUACAGGUGACCAUCCCUACGACCCCUCCCUUAUCUGCCGUCUUGGGGGGCUCUCUUACCCUACCUUGCCUGGUGUCACUGUCCCACCCGCCCCCCAACACGAAUGGCCGCCACGCCGUCCUCUCCCUACCCAGGGUCAAGUGGAGCAUGCUGUCCCAGGGACACGAGACUGAGAUCCUGGUGGCCCGAGGGGACAGGGUGAAGGUCAGUGAGGCCUACAAGGACAGAGCUUCCCUGCUCCAUUACGCCUCGUCCCCAGCCGACCUCACCCUGAGGCUGGAGGGUCUGCAGUACAACGACUCUGGCUUCUACCGCUGUGAGGUGCAGCAGGGCCUGGAGGAUGCCGACGAUGUGGCUCAGGUCAAGGUCAAAGGGGUAGUGUUCCACUACCGGGAUGCUUCCAGUCGCUAUGCCUUUACUUUUGUGCAGGCCCGGGAUGCCUGUGAGGAGAUCGGGGCUCACAUCGCCACCCCAGAGCAGCUCUUGGCAGCCUACCACAGUGGCUAUGAGCAGUGUGAUGCAGGCUGGCUCUCAGACCACUCAGUGAGAUAUCCCAUCCAGAUGCCACGAGAGGGAUGUUUUGGAGACAUGGACGGGCAUCCUGGAGUUAGGAACUAUGGGCUGCUGGAACCUGAUGAGCUGUACGAUGUAUACUGUUAUGUGGAGAACAUAGAGGGGGAAGUGUUCCAUGGCUCUGCCCCCCGAAGUUUCACCCUAUGGGAAGCUAAGGCCUAUUGUCUGGCUCAGGGAGCGGAGCUGGCUACCACAGGUCAGCUGUAUGCAGCCUGGAAUGACGGACUGAACGCCUGCAGCCCGGGGUGGUUGGCUGAUGGGAGUGUACGCUACCCCAUUGUCACUCCCAGGGAGCGUUGUGGUGGAGGGGAGCCUGGGGUCAGGACUGUCUAUCGCCAUUUGAACCAGACAGGCUUUCCAGAGGCACACACUCGCCACGACACUUACUGCUUCCGAGGCAACAGCAACACUCACACCGAAUCUCCCCAUGAUUACCUGGCAACAGAGCCAGAGGACAUCGGCCAGGACAUUGUGACGCUGUCUGAGCCUCUGGAGGAAUUCAGCCUGGGUCAGGUGACGGAGCAGGUGGGGAGUGAAGAAGCUCAGGGAUCCUUGACUGCCAUCCCUGUUCCAGAGGAGCAGUACCCAUCAGAGCAUAUAGAGGAGCAGGGGGCUGUGGCUGGGGAGCAGUACCCAGAGCAGGGGGCUGUCCCUGGGGAGCAGCACCCAGAGCAGGUGGCUGUCCCUGGGGAGCACGGAGAGGAACAGGGGGUUGUUCCUGGAGAACAUGGAGAGGAGCAGGGGGCUGUGCCUGAGGAGCAUGGAGAGGAACAGGGGGUUGUUCCUGGGGAGCAGUACCCAGACAAGCCUGGAGAGGAGCAGGGGGCUGUCGAUGGCCAGGGCCCUACUGUUGUCUAUCACGAGGAGCUACCCUUUCCGGUUGAACCCCAAGACCCAUUCACCCCCACAUCCAUCUCCCCAAGACCUGGAGCCCACAGAGGACACCUGGCAGCCGGUGCAAGAGGUCAGCAACCCAGAAUCAUAUCAGCCUCCCUCGUCAGAGUCAAACGUGGAAUCAGGAGAGCCCCUGUAGAGGGUGUACCAGGGACUUCUCUGGAGGCCCCCGUGCCCACCACAGGGUAUGAGGAGGUGGAUGGGUCCAGUGAUCCACAGCCCAUGCCUGGCACAACCCCUGAGAGUGGUGAGCCAACAGAGUCUCAGUAUGGUAUUUCAGAGGAAAGCCAUCUGCAAACAGAGAUCACCCAGGAGAUCGAACACUACACUUUUACCUCUGAGGCUGCAGGUUACAAUGUAUCCGGAGUUGAAGCCACUACUAGGUAUGACAGCUCUCCAGAGGAGCAACUGGAAAGUGGGCUGCCCACACCUGAGGAGGACGACUCCGGAGAUGAGCGUGUCAUCCAGGUGGAGCAUGUCACAGACACAGACUUGGCUACCCAAGCACCUCUUAUGACCUCUCAGGAGGGUCCUUCAGGCCUGAGGGAGCCAUCGCUGGGGCUUAUGACCCCACUCAGGAGCAGUCUGGUGUCACGUCACCCAACUCCUCUACCCCAGAUGACCAUGUGGAGCAGGAUGCAGGAGGCACCUCAGUGGACUCAUUACCAAAGGUUUCCAUGGGCUCCACUGACCAGGAUGAGCACACUGACCUGGGUUCAGUUCCAACUGACAGAAGUCCUCACAGUUACUUACGACACUGGCUCCAGUGAAGCCUCUGGGGUCCACGAGGGAAUGCUUGAUGUUACCCUUUUGACAUCCCCCAUACCUAUAACCUAUUCCCUCCCGACCCAGCGAUCUGUGGAAGCAGAGGCCAGCUCCCCAGGUGACUUCAUAACCUUCAUCCCCGAAUCCAGCGUUCCAUCUGGGUUUGAUCCCCUGGAGGAAGUGCUGGAGAAGGUGGAGCAAGAGGGGUUGGGUGAAAUCCCAGAAGUAGUCGAGACUACUACCCCAGAGACAGCUUCUGGUGAGGAGGGGAGUGGAGAUGAGGAGAAUGGUCAGGAGGUGAGUGGAGAAGAGGAGAGUGGUCAGGAGGCGAGUGGAGACAAGGAGAGUGGUCAGGAGGCGAGUGGAGACAAGGAGAGUGGUCAGGAGGCGAGUGGAGAAAAGAAGAGUGGUCAGGAGGCGAGUGGAGACAAGGAGAGUGGUCAGGAGGCGAGUGGAGACAAGGAGAGUGGUCAGGAGGUGAAUGGAGAAAAGAAGAGUGGUCAGGAGGCGGGUGGAGACAAGGAGAGUGGUCAGGAGGCGAGUGGAGACAAUGAGAGUGGUCAGGAGGCGAGUGGAGACAAGGAGAGUGGUCAGGAGGCGAGUGGAGACAAGGAGACUGGUCAGGAGGCGGGUGGAGACAAGGAGAGUGGUCAGGAGGCGAGUGGAGACAAGGAGACUGGUCAGGAGGCGGGUGGAGACAAGGAGAGUGGUCAGGAGGCGAGUGGAGACAAGGAGAGUGGUCAGGAGGCGAGUGGAGACAAGGAGACUGGUCAGGAGGCGGGUGGAGACAAGGAGAGUGGUCAGGAGGUGAGUGGAGACAAGGAGAGUGGUCAGGAGGCGAGUGGAGACAAGGAGACUGGUCAGGAGGCAAGUGGAGACAAGGAGACUGGUCAGGAGGCGAGUGGAGACAAGGAGAGUGGUCAGGAGGCGAGUGGAGACAAGGAGAGUGGAAAUGAGGACAGUGACCAGGAGGUGAGUGGCCAAGAGGGAGUGGAGUCAGGCUCAGGAUCAGGAUCAGGCGAGGAGCACUCUGAAUCCGCCGAAGGAACAGGAGAGUCUUCAGGAGAAAGCUCAGGGAUCCUUGAACCAGAAGUCCCAAACAUGAAUGAAACUGUCACACCCAUCAAUGGCACAACUGUCAAUGGCACAGACAAAAGCGAGCCUGAGUCGAGCACAGAUGCGCCCUCUACUGAUAUGGAGAUCACGCUGCUCCCUGACUUGUCCCAGACCCCCCUGCCCUCCCCCACCAUACCCCAGGAGUCCCGGGCCGAUGCAGAUCUGGAGUACAGUGGGGAGACCUCAGUCACUGAGGACCCUUACUCCAUCACUCCACCCACUGAGGAGCCUGAGGAGACCCCCAGCCCGACGCUCACCACAGAGGACUACGAUGACCAGACUACGACGACAGCACCCCUAUAUCAAGAGGACGUUGAUGAGGAGAAACUGAUUACCACUCCUACCACUCCAAGAGAAAGAUUUGGGAACAUUUCAGAUGUCUGCCUAGAGAACCCUUGUUCCAACGGGGGAACAUGUGUCGACAGUGGGUCUUCAACCAAGUGCCUUUGCUUGCCCACCUAUGGAGGAGACAUGUGCCAGACAGACCUGGAGGUGUGUGAGCCGGGUUGGGAGAAGUUCAUGGGCUUCUGUUACCAACAUUUCACCAAGCGUCAGGGCUGGGAGGUGGCAGAGCAGCACUGUCGUAUGUGUGGCGGUCACCUGAUCUCGGUCAUGACCCCUGAGGAACAGGACUACAUUAAUGAUAAGUACAGAGAGUACCAGUGGACGGGACUGAAUGACAGAACCAUAGAGGGAGACUUCCGCUGGUCUGACGGGAAUCCUCUGUUGUAUGAGAACUGGUACCGGGGCCAGCCUGACAGUUACUUCCUGUCUGGAGAGGACUGUGUGGUGAUGGUAUGGCAUGACGGGGGGCACUGGAGUGAUGUGCCCUGUAACUACCAUCUCUCCUACACCUGCAAGAAGGGCACGUCUUUCUGUGGCCAGCCCCCCGUCAUUGCCAAUGCCAAGGUGUUUGGUAAGUCGCAUCUGCGCUACGAGACCAACUCCAAGGUGCGCUACUACUGUGAAGAAGGAUUCCUCCAGACACAGAACCCCGUCAUUAAGUGCCUAUCCAACGGCCAAUGGGAGGAGGCUUUGAUUACCUGUCACCCUGCCCUGACCAACUUGGCAGAGGGAGAGCAGAAGGUCACGACGCCACCCAUCAGAACGAGGGGGUGGAGGUGGUGCACACAGCCACGGAGAAAGCCACUUCAGAGUUCUGGGACAUUAAGUGGAACUACUAAGCUCAUCAAACUCAAUAUGCCCAUUCCCUCUGCCCCCUUCCCUGGUAUCCUAUGUUCCACUCAAAGACUGUCCAACCUUGUCCCUCCAACAAGGUGGAGCCUUGUAAAAUAAAUGUUCUCCCUGAGAACGAGUCAUCACAUUCCUGUCACCAGCUCUUUCCAGAAUAAACCCAUUUAGAACAUCAACAGACUUGAUGUUACUCGGACCUAGUGCCGAUCGAUCACACUUAGAAUAAGAGUACAUCCCAACAUAAGGCCACGAUUAGAGGAAUUGGACCAAAUUUGCACAGUACAGUUUGUCAUUGGAAUGAGCUUUAACGAAGCUGUCCCAUCCAUCAUUGGGCUUGUUUGUUGUAUAAUGAUAUGUGAUUGUUGGCUAGUGAAUUACUGUGACAAAGUACUAGUGAAGUACUUUGAUAUCUACCUGUGCUACCACACUGUUGGAUUAUAGUAUUUGACUGCUAGUAACAUAUAUUAUGACAUGUUUAUGACGGUAUACAAUAUGAUUUUGAUGGAGAGUUUUAGUAAAGUGCAACCUAAAUCUCAA